UUCAGUUAGCUCGCAGCUUGCCGUAGUUUGUUGGUAAAGGAGACCUAUACCAUGUUUUCAACAACACAGAUAUUUUUUAUCUGUGACAUUGUGUUGUAACAAACCUUUAUUAUUUUACAGCUUUUAAUACAUAACAUCUGCGCAGGAAUAGCAGGUUUAUCUUUGUUGGCAUUCUCCAGUUGUUUUGAAGAAAAGAUGGCAGACCACGCCCCUUCUCUUGCCCUGGAGGCUGUCCUGAAGCCUAGCUGCAACCUCUCUGAGGAUUUGCCAAAAAUCAGAGGCUACGACUUCAACCAGGGGGUUGAUCUAAAGGCAUUGCUGAAGUCCUACCUCACCACAGGUUUCCAGGCCAGCAGCUUGAGCUUGGCCAUCCAGGAGAUAAACAACAUGAUAGAGAAGCGUCUUGAGUCUGUGGAUGCAGGUGAAGGAAAUGACUCAGAAGGGUCUGGUGAAUCCCCUCAAGCCUCAGGCUGCACAAUCUUCCUGGGAUACACAUCCAACCUUAUCAGCUCUGGAGUCAGAGAGAGUAUUCGCUACCUGGCAGAGCAUAAAAUGGUGGAUGUGAUUGUGACCACAGCUGGCGGCAUUGAGGAGGAUUUGAUCAAGUGUUUGGCUCACACCUACUUGGGAGACUUUAGUCUGCCUGGAAAGGAGCUCCGCCAGAAGGGCAUCAACAGAAUAGGGAAUCUGCUGGUUCCCAAUGAUAACUACUGUAAAUUUGAAGACUGGUUGAUGCCCAUUUUGGACCAGAUGUUGUUGGAGCAGAACACAGAGAGCAUCCGUUGGACUCCCUCCAAAAUGAUCCAUCGUCUUGGCAAGGAGAUAAAUAAUCCUGACUCUGUCUACUACUGGGCAUACAAGAAUAACAUCCCAGUGUUCAGCCCAGCUCUUACAGAUGGCUCUUUAGGUGACAUGAUCUACUUCCACUCGUAUAAGAACCCUGGCUUGAUUUUGGACAUUGUAGAAGAUAUUCGCAGGUUGAACAGUCGGGCGGUUUUUGCCAAGAAGACAGGAAUGAUCAUCCUGGGAGGAGGGCUGGUUAAGCAUCAUAUAGCCAAUGCUAAUCUCAUGAGGAAUGGAGCUGACUACGCGGUGUACGUAAACACGGGGCAGGAGUUUGAUGGCUCUGACUCUGGAGCCCGACCUGAUGAGGCUGUAUCCUGGGGCAAAAUCAGAACAGAUGCCAAACCUGUUAAGGUAUAUGCAGAUGCCUCUUUGGUUUUUCCUCUAAUUGUGGCCGAGACCUUUGCUCUGCACGCCGACAAGCUGACUGUGGGAAAGAAAACUGAUUAGGUGGUUUAGUCUUAUAUGUUCUUUUGUUUUUCUAGUUAUUUAUUCGUCUCAUUGAAUGUAUUGGUCUGAUGCUAAGAACCUCUUGUUAAAAAUGCAUUCAUUUAAAUUUUUUUUUAUUAUUUUUAAAUCCCAAAACUGUAGCUGAAUAUAUUUUUGAAUGGGAUACAUUUGUGUUUCUUGGUAUUUUAAUGUUUUCCAAGAUUAUUAUUAUUUUCUUCUCUCUUGAGACAACUGAAAGAGCAUGGGUACCAUGCUGUUGCAAACACUAAAGCACUCACCUAGAAUGCAUCUGUGUGUAAGUUUGAACUUUUUUCAGUUUAGCUGUGCAUGGCUUCAUCAGUAAUGUGAACUUACUGAUUCUUAUAUAGUAAGGAGACCUUUAUCUUGCUCUUUCUGGAAGGAAGAUGCAUCUGUAUAAGUAAAUAAACCAUGAAGAGAUAAAUCUUUGUCCUUGUUUAAAGGGGUCUUUGCAGGCUAUUACAAUAACUAGCCUUUUGUUAUAGGUCUGUGUGACGUUCCAUCAUAUGACAAAUACAGUGACUUGCAAAAAUAGUACUUUGUAGAGACACGUUGGGCAGAAAUUAUAAUUGCAAGUCUAUUGGGGUAUGAGCUAUACGCUUGCUACAUCAAGCCACUAAACUUUUUGCCCAUAAAAAAUCCAAACCUCUCUAGCUCCCACAAGUUGGGUGGAUUCUGCUUGUGUACAGCAAUCUUGUCCUGUCACAGAUUCAGGUCUGGGCCUUGAUUAGAUCAUUCCAACACAUAUGUUUUGCCUUAAACCACAUGAGCAUUGAUGUAGCAGUGCACUUGGGGUCAUUGUCUAUUGAAUGGUGAACCUCUAUUAUCACUGGAAAAUUCAAAGUUUUUCUCAGGAAUUUUCCUGUAUUUAGCACCAUCCAUCAUUUCAGAAAAUCUGACCAAUUAUCCAGUCACUGCUGAGGAAAACAUCUCCACAGCAUGAUGCUGCCACCGCCAUGCUUCGCUGAAGGGGUGGUAUUCUUGGGGUCAUGAGGGAUGUUGGGUUGGUGCAGGACAUGAUGUUUUCAUUGAUGGCCAAAAAGUUCAGUUUCAUCUAACUAGAGGACUCUCUUCCAUAUGUUUGGGGAGUCUCCCACAUGCCUUUUGUUAAACUUUUCUGCAAUAUUUAUUUUUUCUGGUUACUAUUCUGUAAGGCCCAGCUUUGUGGAGUUUAUAUCUUAUUGUGUAGCUAUGGACAGAUUCACCAUAUGACACUUUUUUGUACAUAGGUGUACCUUAAUUGACCAGUUAUGUGAAUUCUUAAAGCAACUGGUAGCACUGGAUCAAGCUUAGGUGUAUUAUUGCAAAGGGAUGUGAAUACGUAUAGGCACAGGCAUUUUCCAUUUUUUUAUUUUUAUAUUAUUGUAAAAUUUCUUAACUACAUUUUAUUUCUCAUGUCACUUCACUAAUUGGGACCUUCUUUGUGGAUUUUUUUUAAACAAAAUACUUCCUAAAAUUUAUUUGAAUUACACAUUUGAAUGCAAUGAAUAGGAAAAAUGUCCAAGCCAAUGUAAUUUUACCCGAUGACCUAAGCACAUUGGAUUGCAUUAUGUAUUAAAUGUGCUGUAUAAA